GGGCGAGCGGCUUCGUCGCCCCCUCCGGCCCCAUGGCAGCCCCCGGCUCCCCUGCUGAGUGCGGCUACAUCCGGACAGUCCUGGGCCAGCAGAUCCUGGGGCAGCUGGACAGCUCCAGCCUGGCUCUGCCCUCCGAGGCCAAGCUGAAGCUGGCGGGGAGCAGCAGCCGCAGCGGUCAGGCGGCCAAGAGCCUGCGGAUCCAGGAGCAGGUGCAGCAGACCCUGGCCCGGAAGAGCCGCAGCUUGGUGGGCAACGGAAAUCUUCACCGAACCAGCAGUGUUCCUGAGUAUGUCUAUAACCUACACUUGGUUGAAAAUGACUUUGCUGGCGGGCGUUCGCCUGGUACUAAAUCCUAUGACAUGCUAAAGACAGGCACCACUGGCACUUACGAAAGUCGCUGGGGGAGAGGAACGGCACAGUACAGUUCACAGAAGUCAGUGGAAGAAAGAUCCUUGAGGCAGCCUCUGAGGAGACUUGAGAUUUCUCCAGACAGCAGCCCAGAGAGGAUUCAUUACUCGCACGGCGAUUACCAGUACGGCCAGAGAAGCCAGGCUGGGCAGGCUUUGCGGCACCAAGACAGCAGGAGAUCCACCCUCCUUCUGCCGCCUCGAUAUGCUCGCUCAGAAAUCGUUGGUUUCAGUCACUCCGGGGCCACAAGCAGACAUCGCCACUAUGACACUUAUCACAGACAGUACCAGUACGGCUCUGUGAAUGACACCGUGUUUGACAAUGCCCCUGUCAACCCGGUGGUGCUCACGUACCCCAGGCCCGGGACCAGUCACAGCAUGGGAAACCUCUUGGAGAAAGAGAACUGUCUGACUUCAGGGCCUGCCCCUGGGCACCUCCGGCCACUGGUGCCCCUGCAGGCCAUCAGUCAGAACAGGGCUGCUCAGUCCUGGCACCAGAGCUCCUUCCACAGCACCCGCAUGGGGCAGGAAGCGGGGCCCAGCGUCACUGUGGGUGCAGGCGGGAGGAGGACGCACAUGACCGCUAGCCAAGUGGCAGCCUGCGGAAGUGGGAACCUGCUCCUGGAGAGAAGCACUUUCACCGACUCCCAGCUCGGGAAUGCAGACAUGGAGAUGACUCUGGAGCGAGCAGUGAGUAUGCUCGAUGCAGACCACACACCGCCACCCAGAAUUUCUGCUGCAGCUACUUUCAUACAGCACGAGUGCUUCCAGAAAUCUGAAGCGCGGAAAAGGGUUAAUCAGCUUCGUGGCAUCCCCAAGCUGCUGCAGCUCCUAAAAGUUCAGAAUGAAGAUGUUCAGCGAGCCGUAUGUGGGGCCUUGAGAAACUUGGUAUUUGAAGACAAUGACAACAAAUUGGAGGUAGCUGAACUCAAUGGGGUACCUCGGCUGCUGCAGGUGCUGAAGCAAACCAGAGACUUGGAGACUAAAAAGCAAAUAACAGGUUUGCUGUGGAAUUUGUCAUCUAAUGACAAACUCAAGAAUCUCAUGAUAACAGAAGCCUUGCUUAUCCUGACUGAGAAUAUCAUCAUUCCCUUCUCGGGGUGGCCAGAAGGAGAUUACCCUAAAGCUAACGGUUUGCUUGAUUUUGAUAUAUUUUACAACGUCACAGGAUGCUUAAGAAACAUGAGUUCGGCCGGCCCUGAUGGGAGGAAAGUGAUGAGAAGGUGUGAUGGACUGAUCGACUCGCUGGUCCAUUAUGUCAGAGGAACCAUCGCAGACUACCAGCCAGAUGACAAGGCCACAGAGAACUGUGUGUGCAUUCUUCAUAACCUCUCCUACCAGCUGGAGGCAGAGCUCCCAGAUAGAUAUUCCCAGAGUAUCUAUAUUCAAAACCGGACUAUCCAGACUGACAACAAAAGUAUUGGGUGUUUUGGCAGUCGAAGCAGGAAAAUAAAAGAGCAAUAUCAGGAUAUGCCGAUGCCGGAAGAAAAGAGCAACCCGAAGGGUGUGGAAUGGCUAUGGCAUUCCAUCGUGAUACGGAUGUAUUUGUCCUUGAUCGCGAAGAGUGUCCGAAACUACACUCAGGAAGCAUCUUUGGGAGCUUUGCAGAAUCUCACUGCAGGAAGUGGACCAAUGCCGACGUCAGUAGCUCAAACAGUUGUCCAGAAGGAAAAUGGCCUUCAGCACAUCCGCAAGAUGCUGCAUGUUGGUGAUCCAAGUGUGAAAAAGACGGCGGUCUCCCUGCUGAGAAAUUUGUCUCGGAAUCUUUCUCUGCAGAAUGAAAUUGCCAAAGAAACUCUACCAGAUCUGGUUUCCAUAAUUCCUGACACAGUCCCGAGUACUGAUCUUCUUAUUGAGACGACAGCCUCUGCCUGCUACACUCUGAACAAUAUAAUCCAAAAUAGUUACCAGAAUGCACGGGAUCUUCUAAACACUGGAGGCCUGCAGAAAAUCAUGACCAUCAGCUCAGGCGAUGUCUAUGCCUCCAACAAAGCAAGUAAAGCUGCUUCUGUUCUCCUCUAUUCUCUGUGGACACACACGGAGCUCCAUAAUGCCUACAAGAAGGCUCAGUUUAAGAAGACAGAUUUUGUCAACAGCCGGACUACCAAGGCCUACCACUCCCUUAAAGACUGAGGAAAAUGAAAAAUCUUGCUCUCAGAAAUCUCAACCUCACCAUUCUCAGCCACAAAAAAUCUCCAAAGGAAAACACCUAUUUUUCUACUUCUCCGCCCAAGAAACCUCAAAAGAGCAUGCCCUGUUUCUUAGCUUUUUCUAUUUCCAAGGUCCCUAGAAUCCAGAAAACAAAUAAGCAGAAUAUAAUUUUAUCAGUCUUCUAAAAAACUUUUGCAAGUUUGCUACCAGUAGACACUGGCAACAGGCUCGCUUUUACCCUCCACAGAUUGUGGUCCUUAUGAUCUGGGCUUAUGGUACAGGGGCCUUCCGGAACCAAAAUGUGAAUUCAUGUGGAAUGAACAUUAACAACAAGUAAGGAAGGAGGUGGUUGUCUUACUAGGAUUUUAAAAGUUUUAUUUACGUUUAUAUUCCUUUUCUGGUUUCCAUGUUCUGUCACUCAUAUGCACAUUGCUUCGCCUUUGAGCCACGAGUGUAUUGUUCUGCAGUGUUGAAACAGAAUGGAAACGACAAGAAAUAUUUGCAGAGUUAUCCAGGAGAAAAUUUAAUGACAAAAUUAUGUUUGUUUACUUUGUGCUUGUUUUUAUCCUCUUGAAUUUUUUUCUCUGAUUUGAAAUGAACUUAAGAAAUUUAGAUCACGGAGCAUGCGUGACUCUAAGAAAAUGAAAUUGAAAUGAAGCGAUCACAGCAAAUUUAAAAAUCUUUUCACAGACAAAGGAGACUAUGGUUAUGAAAUUCAAUGUUCCCUCUAACACUGGGUAAAUAUGAGUCUUGCUCAAGGAAAUACCUGCCCUGUGACAAUACCAUGAAAAGCAAAUCUCUUCUGAAUAGUAGGACUCAAUGUGAUCUAUUGCCUGGACUUUUUCAGCAACUUCUGUGGGCUGGUAGAAAAAUGGACUCUACUCUCUUCAGCUACAAAAGGAACCAGAACCUCUCAAACUGUUGCGUGAGCCCAGGGCACUGAAAAUACAGCUCAUUUUAAUGAAUUACAUAUCAAUUAGCUGAACUUUGCCCAACAUUUAAAAAAUAGCACAGAGCCUCUCAAUCUCAUGUGAUCUUCCUCAAGCCAUUAUUUUAAGUCAAGGAAAUUCUAGAGCAAAAAAAAAAUGAAGACAUUACGUUGAGGAAAAAUAUGUCAAGGCCACCCAGA